AUGCCGUCAGCUUUAAGAAGAUUGUUUGCAACAAUAUUGGUAUUUUGUUUACCAAUUGGAGUAAGAGAAUUGUGGAAUGAGUUCUAUCCAUAUAUGGUAGAAGAUUACCCAUCAACAUCUGUUACAAUAGAGACACAUCGUACAAAUAAACUUCUCAAUGAUUUAGAGGCAUUACUCUUGCAACAUGGAAAGCAUAUUAUAGAGUAUGAUUUGCCGAUUUCAACUGGAGAAUGUGACAAUAAUUCAACUAUACCAAGACUUAUACAAGAUGAGCUAACUAUUCCUAAUAUACAUGAAGAAUUCACUUUAAUUGAGAAGUUGAAUAACGACCAGAGAGUUGCAUAUGAGACAAUCAUGACAGCUAUUGAUCGUAACGAAAGCAUGAUAUUCUUCGUCGAUGGGCCAGGGGGAACUGGGAAAACAUUUUUGUAUCGCACAAUAUUGGCAGCCUUGAGAAAAGCCGGUCACAUUGCAAUUGCCACAGCUACAUCUGGCAUAGCAGCAACAUUACUCCCUGGUGGAAGAACAGCGCAUUCCAGGUUUAAGAUUCCUUUAACUCUAGAUGCUUCAUCUACUUGCUUAAUAAGUAAACAAUCAGACUUAGCUGAACUUAUUAGACGUGCCACCAUAAUAAUUUGGGAUGAAGCCCCAAUGGUAAAUCGACGUGCACUCGAAUCUUUAGAUAGAACAUUUAGAGAUAUUAUGGAAGUAAAUUUACCUUUUGGUGGGAAGGUGCUAAUUUUGGGUGGAGAUUUUCGUCAAGUACUUCCGGUUGUUCCAAAGGGUACAAAGGCAGAAAUGAUUGAUGCAUGCAUAGUCAAGUCCCCAUUAUGGAAAAAUAUCAAAGUGUUACAUUUGGAGCAGAAUAUGAGGUCUAGCAAUGAUGAAGAGUUUGCUGAGUACAUACAACACAUUGGUGAUGGGAAUGAACCAUAUAUAAUUGAUGAUUUGAUUAAACUACCCCAUUCAAUGGCAAUGCAAUGGGAAGGUCAGCAUUCUAUAUACAACUUGAUUGAUCAAGUUUUUCCAAAUUUACAAGAACAUGUCAAUGAUGCAAGGUAUAUGGUUGAUAGGGCUUUGCUAACACCUGUAAAUGAUGAUGUUGAACAACUUAAUGCAAAGAUAAUUUCUCAGUUUCCAGGAGAUGAGUUUACGUUACAUUCUUUUGAUGAGGUUGAAGGAGAUACACAACAUUUAUAUCAACAAGAAUUCCUAAAUUCUAUACCUCCAGGGGGUUUACCACCACAUAUAUUAAGGCUAAAAAAGGGUGCUCCAAUUAUGUUGUUGCGCAAUAUAGAUCCAAAAGCCGGAUUAUGUAAUGGUACAAGAUUGAUAUGCCGUGGAUGUUUUAACAACAUAAUUGACGUUGAAAUUUUGACUGGACAAUAUGUGGGUACACGCAUUUUUUUGCCAAGAAUCCCUUUGAAGACAACAGAAAAUGUACACCUGCCAUUUGUAAUGAUCAAACGACAAUUUCCUGUAUGUUUGAGCUUUGCACUUACAAUAAACAAAGUGCAAGGUCAAACAAUUCCAACUGUUGGAAUUUAUCUUCCUGAUCAUGUUUUUAGUUAUGGCCAAUUAUAUGUGGCAUUGUCAAGGGGAGUCUUCCAAUCCACCAUAAAACUAUUGGUGCAAAAAGGAAGAAUACCUGAGGAGGAAGGAAGGAUGCCUAACUCAAAUGUGAGGAUUGAGUCCACUAUGCUAAAUAAUGGAGUGCAUGCUGUUCCUACUGCUCAUUGGGAGAAGUGGAAGGAUGAGGGGUCAAUAUCGAACAUGGAGGCCAUUGAUAACAAUGUUCGAAAAUUGCAAAUUUAUUCACCUGGUUGGGGAUUCACUGUUCGAGCUGACAAGAAAGAGCUUUGGAGAGAAGUGAAACGAGUUUUAGAGUCACAAGAAUUGGAAAGGACCAAGAACAAAGACAAACAACAAAUCACUGUCAAGACCAAUGAAGUUUCCAACAUCCAUAAGAAUAAAGACAAAGGAAAAAUGAAGGACGAUGUGAUCUCUAACACUCAUGCCAACAGAGACAAACGGAGAAUGAAAAUCAAGGACAAUGUGUUCUUCAAGUCCCAAGCUGAAGUAGACCAUUUCACAUACAUGGAGCUAUGCAAUAUCAUCACAAGGUUCAUGGCAAAUGCUGCUGGAAAGCAAUUAGAAUGUGAAACAAAUAGCAUUACUCCACCAACUUCUCCAUCCUAG